UGUGUGUGGAGACAGAGCUGGACAGAGUGUGUGAGAGGGGGCCGCAUGGACAUGUCAUCUCUGGGAGCCUGAUCAAGCCGGUGGACGUGGUUAAGACUUGAUCUCAAAAAUGAGGACCCAAUUUGGAGUUUUAUUUUUGUUGGCCCUGUGGCCCAUUCAGUCUGGUGCUUGGUUCUGGUCCUGGUCUGGUACUACAACAGUACCCCCAACUGUGGAACAGGAGGGGUCUGGGAGUCCAGCAGGAAGUGGAGAACCACCAGAACCAUCAGAGAGGGCUGAAGCGGAGAUCAUUGAUGAAGGGCAUGAGGUUGCAAAGGUUGUGCAGACUUGGCAUGAGACCACUCAGGCUGUCCGACUGACCUCUCUGAGACCUACAACACAGCCAGGCCAUGAACGUGCAACAGGAAGGAUUUCAUCUCGAAUUCGUGAAUCUGAGGAGAAUGGAGUCUCCCUCCUACAGCUGAUUGGAGAUCCUCCUCCCAGUGAGAUCACCCAGGUCUUCGGCCCCGACAACAGCCCCGGUUAUGUCUUUGGUCCUGACGCCAACACGGGCCAGCUGGCCCGCGCCCAUCUGCCGAGCCCUUUCUACCGAGACUUCGCCCUCAUCUUCCACUUGAAACCAACCUCUGACAGGGGUGGUGUCAUCUUCUCCAUCACGGACUCCUCACAGCAGAUCAUGUACUUAGGGGUCAAACUUUCACCUGUGCAUGGCGGCAGCCAAAAUGUCAUCCUGUACUACACAGAGCCCGGUUCGCAGCGGUCCAAUGAGGCAGCCAGGUUCUCUGUUGCCUCCAUGAGGGAUGUCUGGACUCGUUUUGCCAUCGCUGUUAGAGACGACAAGGUGAUGUUCUACCUCAACUGUGACCCUUAUGCUGAGGUGAGGCGCAUUGAGAGAUCGCCGGACGAGAUGGAGCUUGAAGCCGGUGCUGGAGUCUUUGUGGGACAGGCUGGUGGAGCUGAUACGGACAAGUUUCUGGGGGUGAUCGGAGAGCUGAGGGUGGUGGGAGACCCCCGAGCUGCUGAGAGACAAUGUGAGGAGGAUGAAGAUGACUCUGAUAUGGCUUCGGGUGAAGGAAGCGCCCUGCCAGAAAGCGGAUCCUCCAAACCAGCUGUGGACAAACCUAGAUGGACGACAACUCCUCCAUCCUCCAGACCCAUCCAGCAGCCACCAGUGACCGGGAAACAGGACGCAUCAAUCUCAAGAGAAUCUGUGAGCGACUCCCGGCAGGUUUCAGUUUCUGUGGAGUCCAGGCCCGGACUUCCUGGGUCACCAGGGCCAGUCGGGGCUAAAGGAGAAAAGGGCGACCGAGGAGACAGAGGAGAGAAAGGAGAGAGGGGACCUAUUGGGGCGAAGGGAGAAUCAGGAUCCAGCUCACGGGGUGGAGCCCGUGGAGAGAAGGGUGAACCAGGAGAAAAAGGAGCAAAGGGCUCUGCAGGCUUCGGUUACCAAGGUACCAAGGGAGAGCCUGGCCCACCUGGGCCAGCUGGUCCUCCCGGCCCUCCAGGGCCUGCCACAGAGUUUUCAGUUGGCAAUGAUGGCACAGUUUCUUCCAGAGUCCCAGGACCCAGAGGACCACCUGGACUCCCGGGUCCCCAGGGACCACCAGGAGCUGAUGGAGAGCCAGGUGAUCCUGGUGAGGAUGGAAAGACUGGUCCUGAAGGGCCUCCAGGCUUCCCAGGAACUCCAGGCGAUCCUGGACCCAAAGGAGAUAAGGGAGAUCGUGGAGAGGGUCACCCUGGCCCCAGGGGACCACCAGGACCUCCAGGACCUCCAGGACCUGGAUACAGAUCUACCUUUGUGGACAUGGAGGGCUCAGGAUUUCCUGAUCUGGAAUCUAUCCGGGGACUGCCUGGCCUACCAGGUCCCCCUGGUCCUCCCGGCCCUCCUGGUCCUUCUACAGCAGGUACAUCAUCCAGUUCUGGGGCAUUUGGACCUCCAGGGAGAGACGGAGCACCAGGUCAACAGGGCUUGCCAGGUUUGCCAGGUACUGAUGGCACCCCAGGACUUCUUGGUCCUAAGGGAGAAAAGGGUGAUUCAGGCGAGCUCGGUCUACCUGGAGUAGUUGGAGCAAAGGGAGAUCGAGGAGACCCUGGCUUACCAGGAACCCCAGGAGAGCCUGGACUGGCUGGUUUACCUGGACCCAUUGGACCAGUGGGGCCACCUGGGCCUCCAGGACCACCUGGACCAAGUUAUAGAGCUGGAUUUGAUGAUAUGGAGGGCUCUGGUGGAGUUUUCAGCAAUGGACUUCCUGGUGUCAGAGGACCUGAAGGAAGACAGGGUCCUCCUGGCCUGCCUGGACUUCCUGGUAAACCUGGGUUCCCUGGUAUUGCGGGUCAGAAAGGUGAAGAGGGUCCUGUUGGACGAGAUGGACAAGCCGGGCUGGAUGGCUUUCCCGGACCUCAGGGACCAAAGGGUGAAAGAGGGGACAAAGGAGAGAGGGGUGAUGCAGGUCGGGAUGGAACUGGACUUCCAGGUCCACCUGGCCCACCUGGACCUCCAGGAAAAGUCAUUUAUCAGAUUGCUGGCAGUCCUGAUGGCAGCGUUGGCAGUGCUGGACCUCAGGGAGGACCUGGUUUACCUGGUCAGGCUGGGUUCCCUGGUCCUAUGGGACCAAAAGGUGACAGAGGAGAGCCUGGCCUUCCAGGUCAUGCCAUGAAGGGUGAGAAAGGUGAGCCAGGCUUGGUAAUCGGGCCAGACGGAAACCUUCUAUCUCUGGAGGGGCUGACAGGUCUGAAGGGAGACAGAGGAUCACACGGACCUGCUGGGCCUCCUGGUCCUUAUGGACCUCCCGGACUUAAGGGUGAAAUUGGAAUGCCUGGACGACCUGGCCGCCCUGGUGUAAAUGGAUACAAGGGUGAGAAAGGAGAGCCAGGCGGUGGAUCUGGCUUUGGCUAUCCAGGAGUUCCUGGCCCACCAGGACCACCUGGCCCUCCCGGGCCCCCCGGGCCACCUCUAGAUCGCUUCAGUCGCUAUGAUGACAAUUCAAGGAAUUACUACGAAACCAAAGGAGAGAAAGGAGAGCGUGGUGACAGAGGACCUCCAGGAAUCCCAGGAACAGCAUCUAAUGUUGAUAUUUACGCUUUCAAGAAUGAGCUGAAAGGAGAACGUGGAGAAACAGGUGUGAAGGGAGAGAAGGGAGAGCCUGGUGGUGGAUUCUAUGACCCACGUUUUGGAGGAGUACAAGGCCAACCAGGACCUCCUGGAAAACCAGGCCUUCCUGGACCAAAGGGAGAAUCUGUAAUUGGCCCACCUGGACCUCAGGGGCCUCCAGGGCCAACAGGGAUUGGAUACGAUGGUCGUCCAGGGCCUCCAGGACCACCUGGACCUCCAGGACCACCAGGGUCUUCCUCACUUCCCGGCGCAUACAGGCCCAAUCACUCUGUCAGUGUCCCUGGACCUCCAGGUCCUCCUGGUCCACCUGGAAGUCCUGGUCUAUCCUCUGGGGUAACAGUGUUGAGAUCAUAUGACACAAUGAUGGCUACAGCCAGGCGUCAGACAGAGGGCAGCCUCAUCUACAUCCUCGAUAGAGCAGAUCUGUAUCUGAGAGUACGAGACGGACUGCGGCAAGUCAUGCUGGGAGAGUACAAUCCUUUCUUCAGAGACUUGGAGAAUGAGGUGGCAGAGGUCCAGCCUCCACCUGUGAUCCAGUACCCUCAGUCCCAGGAUCAGUCCCACAACAACGGAGCUGGCCAUUAUUCCGAGGGUGGUCCUUCCAUACAUCCCAUUGAGCCACCACCUCGCCCACCUGUAGACCCCAGAUACCCUCCACAGUAUGACCCCAGGUUCCCAGACCAGAGACACACUGGUCAGACAGAUGGAAGAUUAGCCACCAAACAGACGGAGAACAGGUACCCCGUCACACCUCAGAGACGUCCCAGCCCACCUGUCCCACAGCCUGCAGGCAGCCUGGACACAUCAGGAUCAGGACUGCACCUCAUCGCCCUAAACGCCCCUCAGAGCGGAAACAUGCGAGGGAUUCGUGGGGCAGACUUCCUGUGCUUCCAGCAGGCCCGUGCCGUAGGCCUGAAGGGAACUUUUAGAGCCUUCCUGUCCUCUAAACUCCAGGACCUCUACACCAUCGUCCGCAGGUCGGACAGGGACAGCUUCCCCAUUGUCAAUCUCAAGGACCAAGUGUUAUUCAGCAGCUGGGAGUCGAUCUUCGGUGAUAACGCAAGCAAAAUGAAAGACAAUGUACCGAUCUAUUCAUUUGAUGGUCGAGACAUCCUCAGGGACAGCGCAUGGCCAGAGAAAAUGGUCUGGCACGGAUCGAGCGCUAAAGGCCACCGUCAAACAGACCACUACUGUGAAACAUGGCGGGCGGGCGACCGUGCCGUGUCCGGCCUGGCAUCGUCGUUACAGAGCGGACACCUCCUGCAGCAGACGACCAGCAGCUGCUCCGGCUCCUACAUCAUCCUCUGUAUCGAGAACGCCUUCACAUCACAGUCCAAAAAAUAAACCCCGUCCAUCCUCCUUUGUGUUUUUGUUCUGGGCCCUAGGUAAACACAGUUUUUAAUUUCCUGACAACACGCCUUGUGAUCAUGUGGCGUCCGAUGAACUGGCCCUGAGGCUCUUUGCCUGGCAGAGACGCUUUGCAUCGUCUGCUCCUCCCCUCCACAAACGCCAAAGAGAUGGGUCGAACAGAGGGGUGUUGGUCCUUUUUCUCGGGGGCACUGGCACAUAUUUUCUCCAAGGGAUGGAAUGAGAGUGAAGAGGCUUAAUGUGUUUUCAAAUUGUAUCCAUUUUUUUAAAAAUCUGUAUAUUACAUGUUUGUCAUUUGUGUUUUUAUUUUUAUUUUUAUUUUUCUUUUGACGUUAUCAAUGUUUUACUUUUUGAACUGUUUAUAAAUGUUAUAUCCAUCUUGUUUUUUAUUUUAGUAUUGAUCAUUUCCAUUUUUUUCCAAUUUCAUUUUAGAAUUUUGGGUUUUGAUGGGGUACAGCAAACUUUUAAAGACUAUUUUAAAUUUUUAAGAAGAUAAUAGAUAUUUAUUUUUAAAUGAAGUUAUGUAAGGACAUGAUUUGGACAAUAAAAAAGCUAAAUACCCUCAUCAAUAUUCACUUCACUUAAAUAUUCAAUUCUUUUUCAAGAGCUUUUGAACAAAAACUGUGCCUUAAUACACUCCCUGGACUGUUUUCCAAAUAUGCUACUAUAUCAAAUGAAUGCAUUUCCUUCAAUUAUUCCACAACUGUGUAAAUGUUACUGUUCUCUUUGCUCGAGCACAUUUGGAUGCUUUUUACUGCUCACCACAUUUAAAUGAUCUUUUUUGGACACACUGCUGUAAUGAAUAAUCCCAAAUCCAGAGGGCGAGACUCCCUCUAGCUGAAAUUGAGCCUUUUGAAUAAAAAAUAAAGAUUAUUUUCCCUUUUACCACUUAAUAAGAACCUGUCAGUGAGUAAGCUGGAAAUGAUUAGUUUGCUGCUAAUCUUUGUUGGACUGAUUGCUGUCAUGAGUGUUAGGGACGGUGAAAACCAGCAUGUUUAAGAGGCAGAUUUCACAGCAGCCUUGGAUUGAAUCUUAGACACUAACCCGGCCUCAGUGCUGCUGAUGUCUUGACUGAACCUGUGGAUAUCAAUUUUUAUAACCAACUGUGCUAUACUGUUUCUCCCAGGCACUGAAUAAAAGUCUUUUUCAA